AUGUGCUACAUUGAGAAGAACGUUUACACGCUAGCCCUCCGGAGCUGCCGUCCCUGUGAGCUGGCCAAGCUCAAGUAUUGGUUCUGCCCCGAGUGCCGCGAGCACUACAGAGGAUACGACACCAAUAGCGUGGAUGCCAUCCUGAACUACUGGGCUUACAAGACCCUCCACGGCUUCUCAUACAGCGUCUCUCCCCAAGCCGUCCCCGGCGAGGUUCUCGCGGGGCUCAUGCCUGUCACCGACGGCUUCGCCAGACCUAGCCGUUCGAGAGACGGCGGGACUGGCUUCGGGAGGCUCGAGAAGGCCAGAUCAGUCACGCUGGAUCUGGCCGGCAGGUGGAGUACCGUGACGGCUAGCCAUGAGACCCGCGAGCCUGUUGUUGAACAUGUGGUGCGCGUACAGCCACAAGCAGCGUCUCCCAUGUCGGCCUACCCACAUGCCCAUGUGCUCAGUUCGAUAACCGAACACGGCGAGGAGCAAGAACCCGCUACGAGGGUUACUGCUUCGCGCAAAACAGGGAAGCCUCCGUAUCAUCACCCCGAGACACUUGCGAGGCUGUGCGGUGAGGUUCCCCAAAGGAUCAUGCCCCAGUCGGGGGAAACGCAGGAGCCUACAACUACAACUACUGACCCAGGACAAUCGGGUAUCCCUCCGGCGUCCCCAACGCCGUCGCAGACCGGGCAUGAAAUGGGUCAUAGCGCCAAGCAGAUUCCUCUCCCGUUCGAUGGGCCGCCGUCUCGCAGUUUGACGGCGCCGGCCAAGCAGCAGGAGGCUACUGGUCAUAAUAAUGGCCCGACUGGAGUCGAAACAACUAACCAGAAACCCCGCGGCGAUGGUUGCGGACCUGUCUCCAGUGACAUCGACGGCAUCAGCAUCCCCGAAGCACCCGCACCAGCAAAUUACCGGGUGCUAAGAUCGACUAGCUUCGACGUCUCCGCUGAGCCAACCCGAGACUCUCCAACCGAUGAACCGGUGCCAUUUCCACAGCCAGAUCCUAACGCCCUCGACAAAGAGUUGGUGGGUGUCAUCCUCGACGGCGCACCCUUGAAGAUUGUCUUGGUCAUCAACGAGGACGAGCCCAGCAUGACCAGCCAUUUCUCCAUUUCCGACCUGGACCCGGACGAGGCAGCAGAACUGGCUGGUCUGAGAAGCGUCAGUCCGCCGCCCUAA